CAUCAUUUGAUCCAAAUCUAAAAAAGGAUUACUUAAUGUGCGAAGUGUGCCAUGUCAUAGUGAGGGAUUUACAAAUACUCGUGGCCGAAAAUAACACACAGGCAAAAGCUGAAGGCGAUUUAAAUGAUAUCUGUAACCGACUUACUGCAAAUACCGACACAUGUCUUGCCUUUGUCAAAGACAAUAUUGGAAAGGUCUUCUCAAAACUAUCCAAUGGUUUGGAUCCAGAACAGAUUUGUAUAUCGUUAAAAGUAUGCCCAUCAUUGGAGAAGGACAUUUUAACCAAGGUUUUACCAGCACCUGUCAGCAAUGAUAUCAUACCAAAUGAAAUAAAUGAGAUAACACAGGAUAUUGGUGCCAAUCCAAUAGAAUGUGAGUUAUGUAAGCUUGUAGUUACCUAUGUUGAGAAAAGACUCCUGAACAACAAAUCGGAGGACGCUAUCAAUGCUACACUGGAAGAAAUUUGUAAUGAACUACCGGGUCAAUUAGGAGCACUGUGUCAGAAGUUUGAGCCAGAGUUACUUAAAGCUUUAGUGGAUGAAUUCUCUGCAGAGAAAGCAUGCAAGGCUAUCAGAGUUUGUGCGGCAGAAGAUGCAUUCUUUGUCCAUGAACCAGUUUUAUCCUGUAAGGACUGUAAAGAUAUAAUGGAAGGAAUUGCUGGAGAGACAGGUAUACAGGUCUGUUUACAAAUGGCAGGUAUCUGUGGGAAAUCAAAGAUCCAGAUCCAGCAUGAGAGUACCAACUUAGUGGAACCAGAAAGUUACGAGGAACCAAAUGGAUUAGCAGAGUGUACUCUGUGUAAAUUUGUGAUGCGUGAAGUCGAUAACUUACUCAGUUCUAACAAAUCAGAAGCAGCCGUCAAUGCAUCAUUACAGCAGAUAUGUAACUCUCUACCAGAUCAACUGCAGGGACUGUGCCAACAAUUUGCUCCAAUUUUAUUGAUAGCCAUCAAAAAUGGUUUAGAUCCUAACAUGGCUUGUACACAGAUAAAACUGUGCAAUAACGAAGUAGAAGAUUAUGAUUUGAUGGAGAUGGACAAGAAAGAGUUUGAAAAUUAUGACUUGGUUGUGAAAGAAGCAUUGAAAAAGGUUGAAAAAGAAAAAGAAAACGAUGUGAAGGCAAGUAUAGGCUGUACCUUGUGUAAAUUUAUAAUACAAGAGAUUGACAACUUCAUUGUACAGAAUCAGUCAUCUGCAGCCAUCAACGCAUCAGUAUAUAACUUGUGUAGUAAACUACCAGCUCCACUUGACAAACUGUGUUACUCAUAUGCACCAGUUAUUGUUAAAGAUGUUGUGUCAGGAUUUGACCCUGAACUGACUUGUGAAAAAGUGAAGUUGUGUACAAAUGACAGUGUAGCAAUGACAAAAGAUUUCCCUUCUAGUAAUAUUGAAGAAAUCAUGAUAAAGGCUGGUCCAGGAUGUGCCAUAUGUAAAUUAAUUGUGCAGGAAAUAGAUGCAUAUAUAGCACAGAACAAAACAGUUAAUCAGAUCAAUGCUACUGUAUUUGAGUUUUGUGGAAAACUACCUAAUGUAUUGACGUCUCUGUGUAUGACAUAUGCACCAAUUAUAGUUAAUGAUGUUGUAUUAGGAUUUGAUCCAGAGAAGACAUGUGAAAAAGUCAAACUAUGUACAAAUGACAGUAUUUCAUGGUCACCUAGAUUUGAGUCAAAAAAGAUUGAAGAGAAGAUCAAGGAAAAAGUUGAGGCAAGUCCAGGCUGUACUUUGUGUAAAUUUAUAGUACAAACCAUUAGCAACUACACUACCCAGAAUCAGUCAGCUGCAGCCAUUAAUGCUUCAGUAUAUAACUUGUGUAAUGAACUCCCAGCUCUACUAAAAAAUCUGUGUACAACUUAUGCACCAAUUAUUAUAAAUGAUAUUACAGCAGGUUUUGAUCCUGAACAGACUUGUGAAAAGGUUAAACUUUGUACAAAUGGAAGUUUAUCAUAUGAAGAAGUUACACUAGAAUCUAUAAAAGAACUGGAAAAUAUAAAGGCAUCUCCAGGCUGUACUAUAUGUAAGUUCAUUAUACAAGAGAUUGACCACUUCAUUGUACUGAAUGAGUCAGCUUCAGCAAUCAAUGCAUCAGUAUAUAACUUGUGUAGUAAACUACCAGCUCCACUUGACAAACUGUGUUACGGAUAUGCACCAGUUAUUGUACAAGAUGUUGUGUCAGGAUUUGACCCUAAACAGACAUGUGAAAAAUUUAAGUUAUGUACAAAUGAAAGUUUGUCAUAUCAAGAAAGUCAACUAGAAUUUACUGAGGAUUUCAAAAAUUUUAAGGAUGGUCCAGAAUGUGCCAUAUGUAAAUUACUUGUACAGGAAAUUGACUCGUAUAUAGUACAGAACAAAUCAGCCUCCGAGAUCAAUGCCACUGUGUAUGAGUUUUGUAAUAACCUCCCAGCUCCACUGAAUUCUAUGUGUACUACUUAUGCACCAAUGAUUGUGAAAGAUUUAGUCUUAGGAUUUGAUCCCGAACAAACCUGUGAAAAAUUGAAGUUGUGUUCAAAUGGCAGUUUUGUCCAACCAUUCCUGGAAGAAGUUGAACCAAAAGAACAAAUAGAAGAGAAAGUUGAAGCAGAUCCAUUAUGUGUGUUGUGUGAAUUUGUUGUCCAGCUACUUGACCAAUAUUUAGCCAGCAAUAAAACGACGGCUGCUGUUAAUUCCUCUGUCAUGCAGAUCUGUAAUUUAUUACCAGGAAGUUUGAAAGGGCAGUGUAUUUUAUUUGCACCACAAAUUGUAACCAUGGUAACCAGUGGAGUGGCACCAGAGAAUGCAUGUAAACAAGCUAAAUUGUGUCCAGCAGUUAACGGACCAUUCUUCCAGAAAGAAUUAACAGAGUUGUCAUGUGGUCAAUGUCAUGGUAUUGUGGAAUUCCUCUUACCACAGAAAUACAAUCCUGAGUUUGGAAAUUUGAUAUGUAAAGCUGCUUGCCCAGUUGCCAGACGCCGGAGAUCAGUAGAUGACACACCACAAAUUUUUAUGGAAUUUAUGAAAGCAGCAAAAAUGACAAAAACCUGGAGAUGUGAUCUAUGUGAAUGGAUUAUAGAAGCUAUUAAUGUUUAUGUACAGACCAACGUAACAGACCAGUCACUAGAGGACUACAUGAAUGAUAUUUGUCAUUUUAUGCCAGAGCCAUUUAAGGAUGAGUGUUUGAAAAGUGUACCAGAAAUAAUAAAAGAAUUAUCCCAUGGCUUUGAUGAGGAUGUUCUCUGUCAGCAUUAUAUCCCUGAUGAAUGUAAUGGUUCUUCUGUUGCUGCUGUAGACAAGCCAGUUGCAGCUUUCUUUGAUGAGAAGAAGGAUAAAGAUGUACAGUGUGAAAUAUGUAAACAUAUCAUCAAAUACAUUGAUGAAAAUUUAAAUCAUGAUAAGAAUGUAGUUAAAAUGUAUGUAGAUGAUGUAUGUGGAAGAUUACCAUCACCAACAAAUAAGGCGUGUAAAUCUUUUGCUGCAGCAGAAAUUGAAGAAAUAUUGCUGAAGAUUAUCAACAAAAUACUUUCUCCUGAAGAUGUGUGUCACAUGAUAACUGUGUGUUAGACAUAUAAAAGAUUCACAAAAAGAACUUUAAAUAAUUUUGAGAAUACAAAUUAUAUUCAUUUCAUAUAUUCAUUAAGAAAAUAAGUCAGAUGGCCAGUUUUUUCUACUUGUAGGCCAGAAUAAAACAUUCCAUUUUA